CUCUAAAAUCUGUUAUUAUAUUUGAGUUUGUAUACUCCUAGAAAUUGCAGAAUUCUGAAGAGCUCGAAGAGGGGACCUAGACUAAUGCCUAAUGGCUUCACUGAGUAUUGUUGUCCCUUUCAUUUUUCUGCUGCUUGUCAAUUGGUGCUUCGCAAGACCUCUAUACCCACUCCCUAGCAGGAGAAACGAUAGAAAUAGACGGCCCCUGCAAACAUUUCGCCCAUAUAACGUUGCUCAUCGGGGUUCGAAUGGAGAAAUUCCUGAAGAAAGUGCUGCAUCAUACAUGAAAGCUAUUGAAGAAGGUGCUGAUUUUAUAGAAGCAGAUAUUUUGGCCACCAAAGAUGGUGUUCUUAUAUGCUCACACGACGUGAACCUUGAUGACACUACUGACAUACAUGAUCACAAAGAGUUUGCUGACAGAAAGAGAACCUAUGAGGUUCAAGCGGUCAACAUUACUGGCUACUUCUCUGUUGACUUCACACUAGAAGAGCUAAAGUCAUUGCGCUUGAAGCAGAGAUACCCUUUCCGGGACCAGCAAUAUAAUGGAAUGUAUUCUAUUAUUACUUUUGAAGAGUUCAUUUCAAUUGCAUUGGAUGCCCCCAGAGUUGUUGGAAUAUAUCCAGAGAUUAAAAAUCCAGUAUUCAUCAACCAACGCGUAAAAUGGCCAGGUGGUAAGAAAUAUGAGGACAAGUUUGUGGAGACACUCAAGAAAUAUGGAUACAGAGGUUCUUAUAUGUCAAAGGAGUGGUUGAAACAGCCUGCUUUUAUUCAGUCGUUCGCCCCUACAUCUCUUAUCUACAUAUCAAACCAAACAAACAUACCCAAGGUUUUCCUAAUUGAUGAUGUUAAUAUCCCAACCCAGGACACAAAUCAGUCAUAUCAGGAGAUAACGUCAGACAAAUAUCUUGACUUCAUCAAGGAAUAUGUUGUGGGGAUUGGGCCAUGGAAAGAUAACUUGGUUCCUGUAUCGGGAAAUUAUUUAGAAACGCCUUCAGAUCUUGUGGCAAGAGCACAUGUCCGUAACCUUCAGGUGCAUCCAUACACUUUCCGGAAUGAGAACCAGUUCUUGCACUUCAACUUCAGUGAAGAUCCAUAUAAAGAAUAUGAUUACUGGAUAAACAAAGUCGGGGUUGAUGGUCUUUUUACAGACUUCGCGGGCAGCCUUCACCAGUUUCAAGAAUGGACUAACCCAUUAUCGUCUGGAGAAGAAGAUGCACACAAACUACUUGACAGAAUUGCAUCAAUGAUUUCAAAGUUCAAACAUGCUUAGCAGAGUUGUUCUUUCGACUCAUCCAGUUGUUUAAGACAGUAGAAGGCGUGAGCUUGUUCUUUACCUUUUCUUAUUAAUUAAAAUCAGGUUAAUUAGAGGGGAGUAACAAGAGAUGAGAUUGCAGUAGUUUCUUCAGAUGUGCAGUUUGAACUAAGUACAUUACUCUCCUGAUUUAUUUGUUUUUUUGCAUAUAUCUAUUGAGUAAAUUAGGCCUUGAUUUUAAGAUGUACAUUCGGAAAAAAAUAAAAA